CGUGCGCCGGGCCGGGCCGGGCCACCGGGCCUGUGCCGCUGCCGCGCCAACCAUGUCGGCGGCCAAAGAGAACCCGUGCAGGAAAUUCCAGGCCAACAUCUUCAACAAGAGCAAGUGUCAGAACUGCUUUAAGCCCCGCGAAUCGCAUCUCCUCAACGACGAGGACUUGACGCAGGCAAAACCUAUUUAUGGUGGCUGGCUACUCCUGGCUCCUGAUGGGACUGACUUUGACAACCCAGUGCAUCGGUCUCGGAAAUGGCAGCGGCGGUUCUUCAUCCUCUAUGAGCACGGCCUCUUGCGCUACGCCCUGGAUGAGAUGCCCACAACCCUGCCUCAGGGCACCAUCAACAUGAACCAGUGCACAGACGUGGUGGAUGGGGAGGGCCGGACAGGUCAGAAGUUCUCCCUGUGCAUUCUGACCCCUGAGAAGGAACAUUUCAUCCGGGCGGAAACCAAGGAGAUCAUCAGCGGAUGGCUAGAGAUGCUCAUGGUCUAUCCCAGGACCAAUAAGCAAAACCAAAAGAAGAAGCGGAAGGUGGAGCCUCCCACACCACAGGAACCAGGGCCAGCCAAGGUGGCUGUCACCAGCAGCAGCAGCAGCAGCAGCAGCAUUCCCAGUGCUGAGAAGGUCCCCGCCACCAAGUCUACACUCUGGCAGGAAGAAAUGAGGGCCAAGGACCAGCCCGACGGGAGCAGCCUCAGCCCCGCUCAGAGUCCCAGCCCGAGCCAGCCUCCUGCUGCCAGCACCCUGAGGGAACCUGGGCUGGAGAGCAAAGAUGAGGAGAGCACCAUGAGCAGCGACCGCAUGGAUUGUGGCCGCAAAGUCCGGGUAGAGAGCGGCUACUUCUCCCUGGAGAAGACCAAGCAGGACUUGAAGGCCGAAGAGCAGCAGCUGCCCCCGCCGCUCUCCCCUCCCAGCCCCAGCACCCCCAACAACAGGUAUAGUGGCCCCGGACCGCCCUCCCAGGAGCUUGGUCAUCCCCUUCCUUCCCCAGGUUCUCGAACCCCCAGCCGAAUGGUCUGCAGCAGCUCUCUUGGCUCCCUGGACGUGGCCAGCCGGCCCCCCAUCCACAUGGACUCCGACAGCGCUGGGGGGCGGGGAACAGAGAGACCGGGGCGCACCUUUGCCUUUAAAGCCAGCAGGCAGUAUGCCGCCCUGGCCGACGUCCCUAAGGCCGUCAGGAUCAGCCACAGAGAAGCCUUCCAGGUGGAGAGAAGGCGGCUGGAGCGUAGGACUCGGGCCCGGAGCCCUGGCAGGGAAGAGGUGGCCCGUCUGUUUGGCAACGAGAGGAGGAGGUCCCAGGUCAUUGAGAAGUUUGAGGCCUUGGACAUUGAGAAGGCAGAGCACAUGGAGACGAACUCGUCAUCCGGGCCCUCACCAUCAAGUGACACACGCCAGGGUCGCAGUGAGAAGAGGGUGUUUCCCCGGAAACGGGACCUCCCCAGCGAAGCCCCCACAGCGCCUCUCCCGGACACCUCGGCCUCCCCCCUGUCUCCACACCGAAGAGCCAAGUCACUGGACAGGAGGUCCACGGAGUCCUCCCUGACGCCCGACCUGCUGAAUUUCAAGAAAGGCUGGCUGACCAAGCAGUACGAGGACGGCCAGUGGAAGAAACACUGGUUUGUCCUCGCUGAUCAAAGUCUGAGAUACUACAGGGACUCGGCAGCUGAGGAGGCGGCUGACUUGGAUGGGGAAAUUGACUUGUCUACGUGUUACGACGUCACCGAGUAUCCAGUCCAGAGAAACUAUGGCUUCCAGAUACAUACAAAGGAGGGCGAAUUCACUCUCUCUGCCAUGACAUCUGGAAUUCGGCGGAAUUGGAUCCAGACCAUCAUGAAGCAUGUCCAUCCGACCUCUGCCCCAGACGUGACGAGCUCACUGCCAGAGGAAAAGAACCGGAGCAGCUCCUCCUUUGAGACCUGCCUGAGGCCGAAUGAGAAGCCUGAGGGGGAGCGUGGAGAGCCAGACCCCGAGCAGAAGAGGAGCCGGGCUAGGGAGCGGAGGCGGGAAGGCCGCUCUAAGACCUUUGACUGGGCCGAGUUCCGCCCCAUCCAGCAGGCCCUGGCUCAGGAGAGGGCCAGCGCCACCGGGGCUUCUGACGCCCACCCCGAGGCUGAGGCUGGUGAGCUGGAGCGGGAGCGAGCACGGCGGCGGGAAGAGCGCCGUAAGCGCUUCGGGAUGCUUGAUGCUACGGACGGGCCAGCCGCAGAUGACACAGCCCUGCGGAUGGAGGUUGACCGCAGCCCGGGGCUGCCUGUGACCGCUGACCUCAAGACACAGAACGUCCACGUGGAGAUCGAGCAGCGGUGGCAUCAGGUGGAGACCACUCCUCUCCGGGAAGAAAAGCAGGUGCCCAUUGCCCCCCUGCACCUGUCCUCCUCCGAGGAUGGAAGUGACCGGCUUUCCACUCAUGAGCUGACCUCUCUGCUGGAGAAGGAGUUGGAGCAGAGCCAGAAGGAGGCCUCGGACCUUCUGGAGCAGAACCGGCUCCUGCAGGACCAGCUGAGGGUGGCUCUGGGCCGGGAGCAGAGCGCCCGGGAGGGCUACGUGCUGCAGACUGAAGUGGCCACCUCCCCAUCCGGUGCCUGGCAGAGGCUCCAUAGAGUCAACCAGGAUCUGCAAAGCGAGCUGGAGGCCCAGUGCCAGCGCCAGGAGCUGGUCACGCAGCAGAUCCAGUCCCUGAAGCGCAGCUACGGGGAGGCCAAGGACGCGAUCCGGCACCAUGAGGCCGAGAUCCGUAGCCUCCAGGCGAGGCUCAGCAAUGCCGCGGCCGAGCUCGCCAUCAAGGAGCAGGCGCUGGCCAAGCUCAAGGGUGACCUGAAGCUGGAGAAGGACAAGGUCCGGGAGCAGCUGGAGGAAUGGCAGCACAGCGAGGCCGCACUGAGCGGGCAGCUGCAGGCCAGCGAGCAGAAGCUCAAGAGCGCCGAAGCCCUGCUGCUGGAGAAGACGCAGGAGCUGCGGGACCUGGAGACGCAGCAGGCGCUACAGAGGGACCGGCAGAAGGAGGUGCAGAGACUGCAGGAGCGCAUCGCCGACCUCAGCCAGCAGCUCGGCGCCAGCGAGCAGGCCCAGAGGCUGAUGGAGGAGAAGCUGCAGAGGAACUACGAGCUGUUGCUGGAGAGCUGCGAGAAGGAGAAGCAGGCGCUGCUGCAGAACCUGAAGGAGGUAGAGGACAAGGCCAGCGCCUAUGAGGACCAGCUGCAGGACCACGAGCAGCAGAUGGAGGUCCUCCAGAAGGAGAAGCUGAGCGCCAAGUGCGAGGGCAGCGAGGUGGUCCACCAGCUGGAGGAGCAGCUGGAGAUGAAGGAGGCCAGCAUCCAGAAGCUGGCUGAGCACGUCCAGAGCCUCAGAGAUGAGCGGGACCUGAUCAGGCAGCGGUUCCAAGAGCUGAUGGAUCGUGUCGCCCUGUCUGACGGGGAUGUGGCCAAGCUUCAGGAGAAGCUGAGGGGAAGGGAGGCCGACUACCAGAGCCUGGAGCACUCCUACAGGAGGGUGGCCGGCCAGCUCCACAGCAUGCACACGCUGCUGAAGGAAAAGGAGGAAGAGCUAAAGUGCAUCAAGGAGAUGCACGAGAAGGUUCUGGAAAAGAAAGAUCAGGACCUCAAUGAGGCUUUGGUUAAAAUGGUUGCCUUGGGGAGCAGCUUAGAGGAAACAGAAAUGAAGCUCCAGGCAAAGGAAGAAAUUUUAAGGAGAUUUGUAAAGGAGUCUUCAGAGGACGUGGAGGAGCCACGGAGCGGCCCAGAAGAGGCAGAGGACAGCACCGUGCUGUCGGGCCCGCAGCUCCAAGCUGCCGGCACACCCCUGGCCUUCCCACAUCCCAAGCUCGAGGAUGAGGCCCCAGGGGUGGCCCUAGGGGAGGAGCGUGGCAGCGGCAGCCCCCAGAGAGAAGAUAGCAUGGGCUCUCUGAAGUCGGAGGUGCCGGACAGGGAGGGACACCCUCCAAGCACAGCAAAACCUGACCAGGGAGUUCUUGGUGUCAAAAGGCAAAGGAUCCGGUUCUCCACGAUUCAGUGCCAAAAAUACACGCACCCCGAUGGGUCCGAGAAGACCUGGACCAGCAGCACGUCCUCUGACACCAGCCAGGACCGCUCGCCCUCAGAGGAGAGCAUGUCGUCAGAGGCCACCCCCAGCUCUCUCCCUGUGACCAGCGACUCCGACACGUAUCUCUCCAUAAUACACUCCCUGGAGACCAAGCUCUACAUCACGGAGGAGAAGCUCAAGGAUGUGACGGUGAAGCUGGAGAGUCAGCAGGGCCAGAGCCAGGAGGCCCUGCUCGCGCUGCACCAGCAGUGGGCUGCCACUGAGGCACGGCUCCGCGAGCAGCUCCGCGCCAGCCUGCUGCAGGUCGGAGCGCUGGCCUCCCAGCUGGAGCAGGAGAGACAGCUGAGGGCCCAGCUCGUUGACAGUCACGUAGGGGAGCUCGGCGACUUCCAGGUGAAAAACAGCCAGGCUCUGGCUUGCUUAGAAAACUGCCGAGAACAGCUGCGAUCCCUGCCAGCGGCCAGCCCAGAGGGUGCGCAGGACGCGGGUGCGGGCCCCCUGGCCAGCGUGGAGGGCUCACUCGUCAGCGCCACCCAGGCCCCGAGCCCCUGGCCAGCUCCUGUGGACAGCGCGGCCCAGGCCCAGCCAGAGGAAGCUCAUUUCGUGGAGCUAGGGAAGACGAUCUCGCAGCCGCUGCUCCGGCCCGAACUGACCGAGCAGGAACAGCUGAAGCUCCUUUCCCAUCAGAUAGCUCUGGAAGCCUCACUGAUAAACCAAAUAGCAGACUCCUUAAAAAACACAACAUCAGAUAUCUCACGCGUUUUCCACGAGAUUUCUCAGUCGGGAAAGUGGCCUGUGGAACCUGAAAGUUCUGCUCUCUGCCCCGGGGCCCCAGCGGACACCUGGGCUAAGAAGGUGCUUGUAGAUGGCGAAUUCUGGAGCCAGGUCGAGUCCCUGAGUAAGCACCUGGGAACGCUGGGCGGAGAGGCCGCUGGCGCAGCGGGAGGCGGGCAGCAGAGCGUCCCACCAGCCCUGGUCCCCGCCCUGGCCGAUGCCACGUGGGUCAGGGCAGAGCUCAGCUUCGCGCUGCAGUCGGUGAGAGAGUCCUUCCACCGACGGUUACAGAGCAUCCAGGAGACCCUCCAGGGCACCCAAGUGGCCCUGCAACAGCACAAGCGCGUGCUAGGGGACAUCCUGGGAGCCUACCGGACCCCCGACUUUGAGAGAGUGAUGCAGCAGGUCUCAGAAGCUCUCAAGCUUCCUGCAGGCGUUGAAGGAGGCAUGCAGGCAUCCUGGGACCCGAGCCCAUUAGGAGAAGUACUGACUCCUCAGGAAGCCACCAGCUCCCAGGAGCCCUUCUACAUGUCCAGCCAGAGCUCUGGAGCCCUCGUUGCUAUUCAGGAAGAACUCGCCCUGCAGCUCAAAGAUAAGGCCAGCCUCUUGGGGGAGAUAUCUGCCGCUUUAACCUCACUUCCCCCUGUGGAGUCGGUCAGAGAUUGUCAGAAGCUUCUCCAGGCGUCCCAGAAUCUCUCCUAUAACACUUACCUGGGAGGCCUCGGUCAGUAUUCUUCAUUAUUAGUUCAGGAUGCAAUUAUUCAGGCACAGGUGUGUUAUGCAGCCUGCAAAAUCCGGCUGGAGUAUGAAAAGGAGCUCCGGUGCUACAAGGAGUCCUGGCAGGGCUCGAGGGCCUCCUGUAAGGAGCACGAGCAAGCGGUCGGGGCCCUGAGGGAGGAGUACGAGGACCUUCUCCGGAAGCAGAAGAGCGAGUACCUGGAAGUGAUUGCCAUUGUUGAGAGGGAAAAUGCCGAGCUCAAGGCUAAGGUCACCCAGCUGGGUCAUCAGCAGAGGCGUCUGGAAGAAGUAGAAAGCAAGCACAGUGAGAACAUGUUCGCCCUGCAGGGGAGGUACGAGGAAGAGAUCAGGUGUGUGGUGGAGCAGCUGAACCGAGCAGGGGACACGCUGCAGGCCGAGCACAGCAGGGUCCUGAGCCAGCUGGAUGCCUCGGUCAGAGACCGGCAGGACAUGGAGCGGCACCACGUGGAGCAGAUGCAGAGCCUGGAGGACAAGUUCCAGCUCAAGAUCAAAGAGCUGCAGACCAUCCACGAGGAGGAGCUGCGGACCUUGCAGGAGCACUACUCACAAAGCUUGCGGGGCCUGCAGGAGGCCCUGUGCCACUACCAGCGCCAGCUGCCCGAAGCCCCGCCGGCCCCCGGGCCCCCAGGCAGCCCCCACCAGUGCCCCUCCUCCAGCUGGCCUGCCAGCCAGCCCCGGGGGGCCCUGCAGGCCACCAAGGGAGAGGCCGACUCCAUGACGGGGCUGAGGGAGCGCAUCCAGGAGCUGGAGGCCCAGAUGGACAUCAUGCGGGAGGAGCUGGAGCACAAGGACCUGGAGGGCGACACGGCCACGCUGCGGGAGAAGUACCAGAAGGACUUUGAGAACCUUAAGGCCACGUGCGAGCGGGGGUUUGCAGCCAUGGAAGAAACGCACCAGAAAAAAAUUGAGGACCUGCAGAGGCAGCACCAGCGGGAGCUGGAGAAGCUUCGAGAGGAGAAGGACCGUCUCCUAGCCGAGGAGACGGCAGCCACUAUCUCAGCCAUUGAAGCCAUGAAGAAUGCCCACCGGGAGGAGAUGGAGCGCGAGUUGGAGAAGAGCCAGAGGUCCCAGAUCAGCAGCAUCAACUCCGACAUCGAGGCCCUACGACGACAGUACCUGGAGGAGCUGCAGUCGGUGCAGCGGGAGCUGGAGGUCCUCUCGGAGCAGUACUCCCAGAAGUGCCUGGAGAAUGCCCACUUGGCCCAGGCGCUGGAGGCCGAGCGCCAAGCCCUCCGGCAGUGCCAGCGUGAGAACCAGGAGCUCAACGCCCACAAUCAGGAGCUGAACAACCGCCUGGCUGCGGAGAUCGCACGGUUACGGACGCUGCUGACCGGGGACGCGGGCGGAGAGGCCGCCGGCUCCCCGCUCACACAGGGCAAGGAUGCCUAUGAGUUAGAGGUCUUACUGCGGGUCAAGGAGUCAGAAAUACAGUACCUGAAGCAGGAGAUCAGCUCUCUCAAGGAUGAGCUACAGACGGCGUUGCGGGACAAGAAGUACGCUAGUGACAAGUACAAGGACAUCUACACAGAGCUCAGUAUUGUGAGGGCAAAGGCCGACUGUGACAUCAGCAGGUUGAAAGAGCAGCUGAAAGCAGCGACGGAAGCACUGGGUGAAAAAUCCCCAGAAAACACCCCCGUGUCAGGAUACGAUAUAAUGAAAUCUAAAAGCAACCCUGACUUCUUAAAGAAAGACAGAUCCUGUGUCAGCCGGCAACUCCGAAACAUCAGGUCCAAGUCCGUAAUUGAGCAGGUCUCAUGGGAUAACUGAAACGAGCCCGCUUCCAGGUCCCCUGUCGUGUAGUCUGAAGGAAGGCCUGACGGUGCAAGAACGCUUGAAGCUCUUUGAAUCCAGGGACUUGAAGAAAGACUAGCCGCGUCCCGUUCCACUUGAACACACACCCUCCCAGCCUGCGGCAGCACUACCCAAGCGCUGCUUUUUGUCUGUACCUUUAUUUUUUAUUAUUGUUGUUGUUGUUGCUACGUUGUCAUCAUUAACUGUGGGUGUGGAUGCAUGAGAGACUGGUCUAUGGGUUGUGCACACCGUUCCCUGCUGUGUUGAUUCCAGCUUCCUUCGUCUUUGUCAAAGCUUUUUUUCCAUGGUAUUCUCAAACUAGCCAAGCAGCGGGGGCCAGGAGGGCCGUCCGCUCCCAGCCAGGGUCUGCGCAGAGCCCCCGCCCGCCGCUGUCCACCGCACUCACUGUCAGUAUUAAGGCCCAGCAGCCUGUCGAUAAGCUAGCUCGUCCCGCCGGGUGCAGGGUGCGGAGUCGGCCCGGGCGGCUCCCGCUGGGCUGCGUGUGGGCCCUGCGGGGAGAGAGCAGGGCAUCAGGUGGCCGCGCCGACCACUCUCGCGCCUUCGGGAGGAGCUGGAGGAGCAGGUGGGGCCGUGGUCCGGAACCUGCAUUCACCGCCUCGGGCUUGGGAGGACAGUACUUUGUACUCGUCCCACUACUUCAGCUUAGAGCCACACCCCAGACCAUCGUGGGGAACCUUUCACGACCUGGAAAAUGUCGAAAGCAGCCAUUCCUAUUUUUGUUUGUUUUUUAUUAAAUCUUGCACAAAACCCCGGCCCCUCUCAUUCCUUCCUACGCUCGUUGCUUUCUUGGUCACUGGCAGCCCUGCUCUCUCCGUAAAGACUUGCAAGUAUUGCCCUGCGGCCCCAGGGUUUCAGACGGAGCUUGCGAGCCGUGAUGAACUCAGUCCUUGAGGGGGAAGCCUGCUCAGGCGCUGAGCCUUUCUGAAAGAAACCUCCACGUUGCUUUUGAGAAGGUUGAGUGAAGACCCCUAUGUUAAGUCAAGAAGAAAGUAGAGAGGAUGUUGGAAUCAGAUGAAAACUGCCCUUAUUACCUGUUUUUAACUCUAACCUGAGCUCUGAAAAGUUUUCUGGCAGCAUCCAGAGAGCCCAAAGUAAACCUAAGCCAAGAGAGUUGCUUUUUCUACCAGUUGGAGUGAGACCUUGGAACUGUCAGGAAACGCAGUGGUUCUCAGGAGUCUCCUGCCCUGGGGUUUCCGUCGCGGCCCGGGAAGACCAGCAGUCGCGUUAAGACGAGCAGCCCAGGCGAACGGCAGCAGUGCCGAGGCCUUCAGGGCGGGCAGGAAGCGUAGGCAGAGAGUGCGCGGGGGUCCUAUUCUGGUCUCGCUGUGUCAGCGCUUGUUAGGUCUGCGGGCCCUGGAAAAGGCACCAUACCCUGUCUCUAGAUUCAGUUAAGGCCAGGGUCACCCGGGAAAGCCCUGGCAGGGCCUGGGGCAUGCCCUCUUCUCACUGGAAUAAUCUCUGCGCUCCCCCUGGCACCGAGCCUUUCUCUCAGCAGCUUCCAGACUCUUAACCCACACCUGUCACUCCUUGACUGCUUUUCUCCCAUGUUUUCAAAAGCAAGAGAAUAUUAGGUCUGGUUUUUUCAUCCUGCUGCUCAGACACUGCUCCCUGCACCACCCCCCUGUAGAUUGGUGGUACUUUCAGAAAGGACCAUGAUUUUGCGCGUGUGCCUCUCAGAAUGGGAGCGUAGAGAAGGGAUGCUCGGCCCCCGGGGCCCAUUCCCCAAAACGCUGUCUAAUGUGUGUGUUCUCGCAGCAGAGACUGCUGUCCCGCAGGAUCUGAUGGGACAGGGGCCGUGUCGCCUGGCCUCUCUGCCGGCUCCUGCUGCCCUGGGUACUCUGGCUCUCCUCCAAGCAGCCCGCUCCCUGCCUCCGGCCCUCCCACCUUCCCGGCAGGGUCACUGUGCCGAGUCAGCCCGUGGCUGCAGCACUCUGACCAGGUCAGAGAGCGCCAUAUGCGCUCGUCUUCAUCCCUUCCCCUCGGGGUUCACCCUCUAAAUUCUGGGAACAUGAGUUGAGUGCAGCAUGUGGAGGUCAAAGGCAGAGACAGGGAAACCCCUCCUUUUACCGCAGCCUCUAAAGUCUCCUCCUCCUCGCCCCAGAGACAAGAAGUCAUGGUCCUCGGGCUGCUACCCUCUGGAGGUUACCAGGAUGCGGGCUAGAAUUGGGGGAACUCUGGCUCCUCUCCAACAAGAGGCUGCUCCCGCCGCAGCCUCCAGAAGAAGCCCCGAGCCGAGCCUGGUCUUGCCGAGCGUCGCACAGUGACCAUGGCUGUUGGACUGAGACCUGGGACAAGCUGCCUACUGAGGGGCCUGUCCUCUGGCUGGAGGGAGCAGGCAGAACAGAACAAAGAGGGGUUUCAGUGAGCACUUGUGUGUCCCACCCCAGUCCCCACUCGGCCCUGCAGGCCCCGAGCCCCCCAGGAAGAAUUCAGCCACCAGGUUCCAGAGAAAAGAGAGUACAGUUGAGGAGCUGGAGUUGGUUUCUGUGCUGGUGGAGGAGGGUCCUUUGGGGGCUGCAGAUGGGGUCAUGUGGGUGAUUGUCAGGGGCACUCCCACCGCCCCUGGGGUGGACUGCACAGUGGGAGUGUCCCCCCUGCCCUGGGGGCAGGGGGGUGACAUGAGAACGGGGAUUGAGUCUGUGCAGUCAUGUUUUCUUUCCUGGCCACUGGUUCAUCUGUAACCCGCCGGCCCCUGCAAGUCAGCCCUGCUAGACACAUGCAGGGGCGCCGCUCCACUGGACGGCUCUCGGGAAGGCGGACAGGUGUUCCGGUGUGCACAUGGCCACACUCAGGGCCCGCGCCCUGCUGCUCGGGCUCCUUCGGCGGCGCCUGUCCGGGGGUGAGAGCCAGCCUUCCGGGCCCAGCGGCUGCCUGUGGCCCCCGUCAGCACCAUGGAAGUGGCUACGAGAGGUGGCAGACAGAGCACUCCGCCGUUGGAAAUGGAGGCAUGUGCCAUUAGGCAUCAAAAUGGGUCUGAAUUUGAGGGAGGAAGCUGGGGCCGUCCUGGGGUGACAGGUGGAGGCCAUGGUGGGGAUGUGUGGUUUGUCAGGAGCCCAGACCAGAGGCCUCUCCCUAGGACUCCAGCAAGUAGAGAGGCAGAGGACAAGGGAAGUGUGUCACCCGCUCACUGGCUAACAGUGAGCCAGCAGGGGUUUCACGAGGGCCGGGCUGGGAAGGGGGGAAUUGCGGUGUGUAACAGAACUGUGACCUCGGAGUCUGCCUGAAGGGGAGGCUGACAGAUGAGGCCGGGAGUCGAAACUGAUGGCACAAAAAAAACCUCUUUAAAGAUCUCGUUAAUACUCUGGAACACUGACUGCUGGCCUGAGGAUGGGACGUGACCCCUUUUGUCACUGCUGCCUGGUGCUCCCCUUGGCAAGUCUGUUUUUCAGCUCAUCCCGGGCCUGAGGCAGCACAUGAGGCCGCCCCCGCUGGGCCUGCGGCUCAGGGCCUCCCCCUGGACCCCCUUUCCGUGGCCAUACAAUGACAGCUGUACCAGGCCCCACGCGCUCGCUGGCUAACCCCCCGGGGCUGUUCCCCACUCCCCUGAGCCAGCCGGCAGGGAACUUCUCCAGAAGGUUCCUCCCUCCCACCGGUGCUGGUAACUUCCCCGGCUCCGGAAGGCCCCUGGCUCCUUGGGCUGCCUCGGCCUGCAGGCUCGGGCGGGGACAGCUCUCCUCUCCCCUCCUUGGUGCCCGCUGGCCAGCUUCAUGGCUGACCUCAUGCCUGAGUUCGGAGGCGGUUUUCCAGGGACCCAAAGCCGUUUUCAGUUAGAGUGGAAGGACUGCAACCCAUCAGCCCAUGCUCUUAAUGUAAGAGGAUUCCUGGAAGGAAGUUUCCUCCUCAUUGUUCUAAAGAAGCUUGGAAUUUUUAACACUUUCCAUUCUAGACACAAUUUUAGAAAGCCAGAAAACUAAAACCAAAUUCAGUGCCCCCCCCGCCGCUUUUAUCACCAGGAAAGCCUGGAUUGGGGGGGGUGGUUAUUUUCAGAGGUUCACAAAGGACAGGGAAGUAUGUAUAGUAUUCCACUUAGCAGGAAUUAGAUACUGAAAGGGGAACAGCUUGGCAUGCUCACCGGAAGCUUCAGUCAUGUGGAAUCCCUCCCACCCUGAACACGCCGAAACUGCGCCAUGGCUGUGUUUUCUGUUAGGCGUCUGCUGGGUCAUUGGGUCUGAACCUCUGUCCCGGCGCCCGGCCCCACAGCCCCGCCCUUCCCACCAGCUCGGGAACCAGCUGGUGCAAAGGCUUCUGAAAGUUCCAGUGUUGGCACACUGCUCUCUUCCUCUUCUGUCUUGGGCCCCUCUGCCUCGGGUCCCUGUUGAGAGAGGAGGCCCUAGGCACCCAGCUAGCCCACCGGCGACUGGGAAGGAGCACUAGUGGGUCUGCCACGCGCUUCCCACCUGGGACUUUCUCCGGCCUUUCCCUGCCACCAGAUCCCUAAAAGGUAUGUGCUUAGACGUUGCACGUCUGAUCCUAUAGGAAAGGUCUUUUUACCCACCUGAGAUCGGGCCAAAAGCUAAAGUCCUUGACUGUUCUCAGCACCGAGUAGGACACUGUGGCCACGUCCCUUCUUCCAUGGCCACAUCCGCCCGGUCCUCAGAGUGCUGUUAGGACGUGGGGCCUGUCGUAGCUGGGAACGGUGCGCUCUGGUCGCACGCCCGGAUGCACUCUUAGCCAGCUCAUGCUUUCCUCAGUUGAAGACUGAAGUUAAGAAUCCCCCUGCAGUGAGUCUGGUGAAACCACUGCUUUGGGAUCCUUUGCUGGGAAGCCAUGACCCACACGCAGAGUGGAAACGAACAGUAUCACCGUUUCCCAAGGGCUCUGCUGGGAGAGACCCCACCUCAUUCUUGUGCCCUUUGGAGAACAAGUUGCAAGUAUUCUUGGUUCUUUGUAAAGGGAAGGGGGCUCCCGUCUCCGAGUGUUUCAGCAGAGUAGGAGGAAUCCGUCAGCCCCCCACCCCCGGUGUAGGGAGCCAGGACGGCCGCUCAGAUGCAGCCCAGGCCCUGGUCCUCUCCGCGUCUACACGGGCUUUGGGAAGAGAAGCCGCUGUGCGCACUGUGUGGACGCCAGCCUCUCUGCAUUGACAAGCAGCUGUGUUUAUUUUGUUUAAAAUAACCUGUAUAUUAUCUAGAGUGAGCAGUGUAAAUAUUACUCGGAAGUUACCGCAGGGAUUUUUUGUGUGUGUGACAAAGUUUGUGUGGGUUUAAAAAAAUAAAAUCCUAUGCAGACCUCCCUUUGUAAGCUAGGGUGGAUGGCUUUGAGUACAACCUUGAACUCCACCUAACAUACAAGGAAAUGUUUUCAUGACUGAUGUAUCUUUUUAAAAGCUGUGGCCACUUCACGGGGGGCUUGUAAAGAGCAUGUGACCAUCUCUGGGAUGACAGCAGGCCUGCCUCUGUGCCCGCUGGCCGUGCAAGAACGCCGUGAUGCUCGCCGCCAGAGCACUCGAGCCCUGCAGGGAGAGCAGCGUGGGGAAGAACCUGGUGGGGCCGUCUUCCCCGCCCGGGCCGGGCUCGUGGACGACCUGGAGGGAGACGUCAUUUCGAACACAGUUGUGGCAGGACUGGCCUGAAUGGGUGACCUGGGAGCUCUUGCCGGGCUGGGCGUCUGCAUCUCCUCAGCUCCUGGGUUCUAUGGUGGGACGGCAUCAAGGCACCAACCUGGCCACACUGUCAUUUUACUGCAGGCGUCCAUGGCCAUGUGCGGUCACGGCAUCUCAGAACUGGAUCGUCUGGUACUCGGGCUGAGCCAGGAGGGUGAGCGGGGGGAGGCACACAGUCCCUGGCGGCCGGUCGGAGGGAGACUUCCCAGGACACAGUUGGAACACUGCGAAGGAGCGGAGUUCUGGAAAGGCGGUGGUCACCAGCACGGUGCACCUGUCCCCGUCACUUGUCCCAGGCCUCUGUCUUUGCCCUUUGCACUAGUAACACACAUUGCAGUUUUGUUUCAUAGGAAGCUAGGAAUAGGUUAUAUAAAGAACACUAAAGUCAUUAUUGUGUCACGUUUCUAUCACAAAACCAAUUAAAGUGGAUUUUAGGAUUUACCUUUAGUAUUAACGACUUAUCUACUGAUUGAUUGUUAGGACUUAAAACCAGUUAAGUGAUAAGAAUUCAUGUGGUUUUCCUAAGUAAUAUUUAUAAAAUGUAAAGUUUCUAAGUGAUUCCUCAACAACUGUAAUUCUUUAACUUUUCUCACUACUAGACUCUUCUAUUGGCAUGAAUGUCUCAGGUCAGCUGUUAGGGACACAAUGCGGAGCUGUUGGGGGAGCUGACGCGGGGACAGAGUGGAGUGUGUGCACGCUGUUUUCUGCUGUGAUGAGUCGGGACAUAAUCCACAGCGUUGGUUUCUGCCCCAGCGAAUUCUUUCAGCUGUCGGGUGAUAUUCCAGCCACAAGCGUGUAUGAUUCUAACGGGUGUUUAAUUUCUGUACUAACGCUAAACGAUAUUGUUCACCAAACCCAAAGUGCCGUGCGGAGGUGCGCAGAGGCCCGGGGAGCGCGGGCGAGCCCUGCGUGCAGGCCCGCAGGUGUGGCGGGGCCCGGGGCUGGUGGGCAUCCCGUGGGCUGCGCCUUCCUCCCCAACAGACGAGCCUGGCCAGCCGAGCCACCAGACCUCUGGGACGAUCCAAGACGGUGAUGGUGUUGUUGCGGCUUUUUUUUUAAUUAACAGAGUUUCUGAACGACUGUUCGCUACAGUUUGAAGUGUUACUUUGUCAGAAUAUUUAUUCCUUUGUGUGACAUGCUAGAUUCCCACGGAUGUUGCUGAUCAUUUCUACUUUGUAAAUAUUACCUAACUUUACAUAAACUAUAUCAUAAUAAACUAUUUUUGCAUCACCCUU